AUGGCUAGCAGCAGCAACAACCACAUCAACGGCGGUGCACCUUCUCUUGAGGUGGCCAUCGUGGGUGGUGGCAUAGUCGGUGUCAUUACGGCGCUGGGCCUGCAUCGUCGGGGCAUCAAGGCAGUCAUCUACGAGCGCGCGUCAACCUGGACGGAGGUCAGCGCCGGAUUUGCGUUCACCGAGGCAGCACGGGGGUGGAUGGAACAGAUAAACCCUGAUCUCAUAGAGAUCCUGGGCCGCAUCAGCCAGAAGACGGACGCCAAUUCGAGCAACAGCUACUGGGACGGCUAUAGCCCACGUACCCGAGAGGACGCCGAGGACGAAUCCAAGGCGCUGCUCUUCCGGACGCCGAACAACAAGCUCCUGUUCUGGGGCUGCGUGCGCUCGCAGUUCCUUAAGGAGAUGGGGGCCCUGCUGCCAGAAGGGGCCGCCGUGUUCGGAAAGCAGCUCGUAAGCUACGACGACGAAGAGAACAGCAAGGUCAUUCUCCACUUUGAAGAUGGCAGCACGGCAAAGGCUGACGUUUUGCUCGGGUGUGACGGCGUCCACUCGAGCACCCGGAAAAUCAUGUUAGGCGCCGACCAUCCAGCUAGCCGGCCGGGCUACACGCACAAUGUUACCUACCGCACUAUGGUCCCUAUUGAUGUCGGCAUUGCCGCCAUGGGCGAGAAGACUGCUAAGGGCGGCUGUAUGCACUGUGGUCCGAAUGCAUGCCUGCUGACGUAUCCUGUCAUGAGCGGAACACUGUUGAACAUUGCCAUCUUUGCUUACGAUGCCGAGGAGUUCCCUGACCCCAACAGGAUGACGACACAAGCCGACCGUGGCGAGGUCGAGCGAAUCUUCAGGGACUGGUGUCCACAUGCUGCCAACGUUUGGAAGCUCUACCCGGAGAAAAUGACCAAGUGGGGAAUCUACGAUAUGACCGACAACCCUCCACCGACGUAUGCACGGGGCCGCGCCUGUAUCGUCGGCGACGCGGCGCAUGCCAGCACUCCAUUCCUGGGGAUCGGCGCCUGCACGGGUGUUGAAGACGCCCUCGUAGUCUGCAAGGUUCUGGAGUCGGUGCAGGCUCAGCGGGAGACCCUGAACGGCGAAACUGCAGCCAACGCGCUGAGAGAGGCGCUACAGACUUAUAGUCGGGCCAGGUUGGAGCGUGGCCAGUGGGUUCCUCGCAACUCUGCUCAGAUCGGCCGGAUGUACCAGUGGCGAGAUGGGCGGGACCCCGAGGGGCUCAAGCAGAAGCUCGCUAAGGCCGCGCAGACAAUUGUGAGUUAUGAUAUCUUGGCGCCGUUGACGGCUUGA